CGUUUAUGAAAACUGUCAAUCACUUGUCAAUUUUGUACUUGGCGUAUUUCUAUUGGCUUUUGAAAUCUGAAUUUUUAUUGAAAUAUUAAGUUUUCUAAAUAAACUAAUAAGAUUUGAAUAGAAGAUAGAUAAAAUGAAGUAUAAAUCGUUGUUAAUUUUUACUAUAAUCCUUACUUUCUACAACAGCUAUGCACAAAAUCGUGCAAAAGGGCUUGAAGAAAAAGUCCAGCAGUUGACUGACAUGACCACUAAACAGGCAAUAAUACCGUUAAAUCUGAAUAAGUUCAAGGAGUUUGUCAGAUCACCUCCAAGGGACUAUUCGUUUGUGGUGAUGUUCACAGCAAUGGCCCCAUCACGACGGUGUGCUAUUUGCCAGCAUGUUUAUGACGAGUAUUUGAUUGUAGCAAACUCCUUCCGAUUCUCUCCCUCUCAUAAUAAUAAGCUGUUCUUCGGGAUGGUUGACUUUGAUGAGGGAUCAGAUAUAUUCCAGAUGCUCCGUCUAAACACAGCCCCAGUGAUCAUGCACUUCCCAGCUAAGGGUAAGCCCAAACCAGCUGACUCCAUGGACUUUGAGCGGGCGGGCAUACACGCUGAGGCCAUCGCCAAGUGGAUACAGGACAGGACUGACGUUCAGGUAAGGGUGUUCCGCCCACCGAACUACUCUGGAGCAGUGGCGUUUUCCAUGCUCUUCAUACUAGUGGGCGGUUUCCUCUACCUGCGACGCAACAACCUCGAGUUCCUCUACAACAAGCAGAUGUGGGCAGUCGCCGCCGUAUUCUUCUGCUUCGCGAUGGUGUCUGGACAGAUGUGGAACCAGAUCCGCGGGCCACCUUUCUUCCAUAGGAGCAAGAAUGGCCCGGUUUAUAUCAAUGGAGGAUCACAUGGACAGUUUGUGUUGGAGAGCUAUAUUGUUGCUAUAUUGAAUUGCGCAGUAGUAGUAGGCAUGAUACUGAUGAUUGAGGCAGCCGGCGGAGUGAAAGGGACGGACUCACAGCGGCCUCAGGAGGGAAAGAGACGGCGGUUCCAGUCCGUGGUCGGAUUGGUGCUUGUUUGCGUGUUCUUCUCUUUACUCUUGUCUGUGUUUAGAGCUAAAACACAGGGGUAUCCUUAUAGUUUCCUAUUCAAGUGAGGAGCCCUACACAAUAUUAAAUGUAUAGUUGUUGCGUGUGCAAUUUAUAAGUGUGAUGUAUUUUAUUAAUAAAAAUUCCACUAUUUAAAAUAAUAUGAUUUAUUUCUCAUUUUCUGUAAAUAAAGGUAUUAUUAUUACAUUAA